AUGCCGUCUCCUUCGUUUACUGAUGCGGAGUGGCGUCGUUUGGUUAAGUCUCAAAAUCAAAUUGAGGAGGAGGAGGAGGCUAUCCUAGCUAAGCUCCUUUGGCUCCGAAAGCAGAAACACUUCAAGGAAGUCGCCGAGUUAGAAGAGUUGGAGCGUCGCGAGGUUGAAGAGCGCGAACGCCUUGAAAAAGAGAGGCUCGAACAAGAGCGUCUCGAAUCCGAACAAAAUGAGCGUGCUGCAGAGAGUACCCGUGCCGCGACCGGGGUUCCUUUAUCUGCUGUGGCCGACGGCUAA